AUGUAUUUCAUAUUCGCUUGUAUGAUACUUGGAAUUUUUUUUCGAUAUUUCGAAAUAUAUCCCGACAAAGUCAAUGCCUACAGAUCUGGAAUCAGUAGCGCACUUAGAAAGACAACAACUAAUAAGGAUGCUCAAUAUUCACAAGAUUAUAUUAGAAACAACAUCAAUGGAAUAGAUAAAGAACUUAGCAAUCAUUGGCUUCGAGUUAUCAGACACUAUAUUCGUUUUCCACUUGCUAAUGGUUACGGAUCUCAUCAACUCUCACUACUCGCUGCUACUAUAUUGACAUCUGGAGGAGGACCAGUAAUGGAAUUAGGCUGUGGUUAUUUUUCUACUAUCCUUCUUCAUCAAAUAGUUGUUGUCGAACAAAAACGUUAUCUACUAUCGACAGAUACUGAUCGUCAAUGGUUAUCAAAGUUUGAUACAAAUAUGUCUUCGUCUCUCCAUGAAUUUCGUCAUGUCAACAUGACAUCUGAAUGGGAUAAUAUCGGAACUAAUCAUCCCAGAUGGUCUAUAGCUUUCAUUGAUCAUAAGCCAGGUGAUAGACGUGUUAUUGAUGUCAUUCGUUUAGCAAAUAUUACUGAUGUUGUUAUAUUACAUGAUACAGAGACUAGCUCGUACAACUAUGAGAUAGGUCUCGUUCUAUAUCAAUACAAAUAUCGAUACAAAUAUUUCCCAACCAAUACUGAUGUGUUGAGUAAAUACAACGGCACACUCUUUCACAACAUACAACAUUUACUUGAACUUACACUCGAAAUGAAAUUACCAAAAAUUGGUUCAUAA